AGAAUUUUCACUAAAAAGUUUUCGAUUUGCUAUUCUUAUUGCUUCAAUAUUACCGAGGAGGAGGUAUAAUUUGCUUUCAUUGUGAUCGAAUUUCACCUUUUUAAGUUUAUUAGGCGCCUAUCUUCGUUCUCGUUCAAAUAUUGUAUAGAGAAAUCUUGGUAUAAUUCUUUUUCUGGUAAAAUUUCGCUCUACAAAAUUGAAACGAAGAGCCUAGUAAUGGAAUUAAUAAAAAAUUUUUUGUUUCGGUACCGAUUCACAGUAUCCACGGAACAUAAACCAAAGAAACCAAGAAAAGAUCGAGAUUUGAUCACGAAAUAGUUCAAAUUUAGUGAAAAAAAACCUGCCAAUGUUUCCAGUUUUUUCAGCCAGAAAGAAGAAUUCUUCUCGUUGGCCGCGACAUUUUUGGCAGGCAAUCUCUGGUCAUGGCGAAAACUGAUCAAAGUUUCUUUUUCGGAGUCCGCGUCGACCUUUCUGCUUUGGUAUUCUUCAUUUUCUGCUAAUCAAAACCUUCUGACGGAUCACAUUUGAAAUGGCUCAAAAUUCUUGGGAAGCUUUGAGCUUGAUCUCCGAUUUUUUUUUUCAAAGAUUCGAAUUUCUCUGUAGUAUACUGAAACUCAUGAUCAGCCAUUCUCCGUGCGACCAAUUUGUUUCAAGUCUGUGACAUUCAGACUUGAGUUUUUCAUGACCUUCUUUGAAAAGCUCAGUUUCAGCUUGACUGGCGCGAAAUCCCUUUCGGUCACGUCAUAGCCUUUGAUUUUGCCAACGACGUCCAAGUUAUCCGUCAUUAUGCCGAUAUUGAGGUUUUCCAUAGUUUUUUUUCAAGUUAAUUCAGCGGCUUUAGGGACAAUCUUUGUAUCAAGACUCCUUCCGAGAAGUGAAAGUGAUACAGUCUGACCGGAAACGCGAAAUGUUGAAUGUGGAAAGAGUUUUUGAAUUAAAAUGAUAAUAUUUUCGAAUUGAAGAUAACUCGAGAAUCUUCAUCGAGCGAUGUUGAUUAUGCGACAGAACUUCUGGAACGAACUACAGAGGCGGUUAGAAUCGGUUAGUUGUUUUUUUCCACGUUUUGAAGGGGUUUGGCGAAAUGAAACCUAUGAACAUUUCGAAACUCUUCUGUUUUGAAACCUACCAAUAUCAUUUCUCAAAAAGUCGCUUCCAAGGGCGAAAAGUUCCAGACUAUGGCCUUAUCCGCCCCCAAUUUGAAGAGGAAUUUUUUGGGAAAAUUCCCUAGUAUGAGCAAUAAUGAGCAUGUAUGAGAUGUUAGAUUUUUAAAAACUGAAUUAAAUUAUCUUAAACCUUGUCAUAACCUUUGGUUGAGUUUCGUUGAUUUUUUUUGCCGAGAUAUGAAGCUUUUCACAGUAAACCUUUGAGCUACCGUAUCUCGAAAACAAGCCGAGUGAAGAUAUUCGGUUUUGUUUUCAAAAAAAUCCUAAAAAUCGUGUUCUACAACAUAUUUGAUUAAUUAAAACGCCCUUUUUUCCAACUUAGCCAUUGAAAGAUAUUUUUCGGAGCUAACUGAUCAAGUUUUAUGGUGAGCGAUAAACUCUAACACUACCGCUCUUUUAUUUAUUUAUUUUCAGAACAAAGCAAAUAAUUAGGGUACAGGUAGGAAGGAAAUGAUACAACGUUGGACAGACAACAAAGCUAAAAAGGUCAUAUGGCGCCCUAACGAGCACUUUUUUCCUACCAUCAACUCAAUUGAGUGAACAAUAAACAUUAAUAAUUUCACUUUAGCCUUUGAUAGUGCCUCAGAGCACAUCGGCGUCUGUUUUUCCGGCGGCGUCGACAGUACUUUUGUCGCCCACGCCGUUCAUUCCGCUGCUCCGGCUCAUUUUCGUAUUGACCUCAUCAAUGUUGCAUUUGGAAGUUCCUCCGAGGUAGUUUCCUUGAUUUGAGGAUUGGGAUUCUGAAAAAAAAUUUUUUCAGGAUUUUGAAAAAGCUCCGGACCGCACGCGAGCAUUAUUGUCCUUCAAGUCGCUCGAAGGAAAGUAUCCAUCAAGGGAAUUCCGUUUGAUCCUCGUUAAUGUUGGCAGCGAAGAAAUGUCGCAAAACAGACAAGAAUUUAUUGCAAAUGUACGACUGUCCUUUAUUUUCAUUUUGAUGAGUAAUAUUUUCUAGGCCGUUUUGCCUGCGACCUCCGUCCUGGACGAAUCUUUGGGAGUCGUUCUUUGGUUCGCCUUGAGAGGUCGUGGCGUCGUUUAUCAAACCGGAGAAGCAGUAGAGUCAGUUGAAGUUCGAAAUGAAAUUGAAAAGUUUUUUUUGGAUUGAAAACUUAUAAACGUAUACUGUGGUAAGAUCUUACGACGCGUUUUUCGGCGGGAAAUUCAAAUUUGAACGAUUUUUUUUUUCAUUUUUAUUGUUAUUUAUUCCAUCGAAAAUUCUGUUUAAAGCAUCAAAGUACAAAAGACUAAAUUUUUCUUCACUAUAUUUUUUCUCCUUUCCGUUCUUCAAAUAGUGAAAUAUUGACGAUGAAAGCUUUCAGAACUCCAGCGAAAAUGAUGUUCCUGGGUUCUGGGGCCGACGAGGUUUUUGCCGGAUACGCUAGACAUCGGACUCGAUUCGAACGAGAUAGGUCCAACAUCGUGGUCGCCGAGGUCAGUUUCCGUCGGAUUCCUGUGGAAAAAAAGAUUCUCAGGAAUGCGAAAAAGAACUUCGACGACUCGGCUCAAGAAAUGGCGGUAGAGACGCCCGAGUUGCUGCCCAGCUCGGCAAGAUUAUUGUGUAGUUGUUUUUGAAUUUUUUCGUAAAAUUUUCGAAGAAUUAUAUCGAAAUACCUUCACAAAAUAAUUAUCCAACGCUCCGCAAAAAAAAGGUUUGGAAAAAUAUUAACGUUAUGUGAAAACCAAUGAAGCAAUUAUGAUUUUAAGUAAAAUGAAGAUCACGUAAUCAAAGUGAAAUAAAACUCUGGUCCAAUUUAUAACAGGUGUGAAACGGAAUUAUCAGGUGAAUUUUGCAGCAAGAUUUUUUUAAUCCAAUUAGGUGAAAAGGAUGGAUUUGUCAAAUUUUGACGUUGAUUUCGACUUUGAGGAAUUUUUUCAUUAGAAUUGAAAAUAUUUUUAUUGAUAACUUGCAAAUUUCGAGAGAUUGUCUAAACGCUCAAAAUUUUGCAUUUUACUUUAAAAAAAGAGAAAAUUACUCUCUUUUGGUCAACUAUUUGCCAAUUUUAUCGCUUAAAACAUCUUUUUAUUUUUUUUUCCCCUGUUCUGAAUUCUUUCCAUUUUCCAGAUCGCCCAUCCUUGAUGAUAAAGUCGUCUCCUGGGCUAAUCAGAUACCAGUGAAUGCAAAGUGGGACUUGGCUUUUCCACGAGGAGUCGGCGAGAAGAAAAUCAUCCGAGAUGUGGGAUCAGCUCAAAAAAAAGGAAAAUAGAUUUUGUUUCAAGGCGUUACGGAAGUUGGGGUCUCCACACGAGGCGCCAAAACAGGCGAUGCAAUUUGGGUCAAGAAUGGCUAAGAUGAGCAAUGAGAACUCCAAUACCAAGGUAAUUUUUGUUGGGCUUUCGAACAUUUCUUCUCUGUGAACAGGUUAAAAAAUUAAUUUUUUUUUUCUCACAGAAAGACUGGUGAGUUGUAAAUGCGAUAGUGUUGAAAGAAAGUUGAGAUUUUCGAUUUUUUUUUUCCUCUAAAUUUUGAAAUUUCAAGCCUCUUCGAAAAGGUAGCAGGAAGUUAGCUAACCUGUCACUUCAUAUUUGAUGGAGAUUUUCAAAGUCUCUUUACUUAUUCAUUGACUUUUUGAAAGGAAACUUCAGAAAAAAAUAAUGAAUUUUCAAGGGAAGCGAUUCGUCUCCUCGCUUGGAAGCACUUCUCCAAGAGCAAUGA